AUGAAUAAAACCAUCGGUAUUUUUGGUGGUGGGCAGCUGGGUCGCAUGAUGGCGCAAGCGGCUUUGCCACUGAAUAUUCAAUGUACGUUCUUUGAUGUGAGUACAGACUGCCCUUCAGCGGCUUUAGGAACGGUGAUUUCAAGCAAAACUGAAAACGGUUUACAAGACUUUAUUGCCAGUGCAGAUGUCUUCAGCCUUGAGUUUGAAAAUACACCUUUGUCUGAUGUUGAUGUUUUGACCAAGCAAAAAGAUAUGCAUCCGCCGCGUCAGGCUUUAGCCAUUGCACAGCAUCGCUUGUCUGAAAAAGCGUUAUUUGAUGCGCUUGAGAUUCCUGUUGCGCCUUAUAAAGCGGUAGAUUCACUAGAAAGCUUAAGCGCUGCGGUUGCUGAGCUAGGUUUACCGAUUGUGCUGAAGACAGCCACAGGUGGCUAUGAUGGCAAAGGUCAGUUUGUAUUGCGUUCUGAACAGCAAAUUGAACAAGCAUGGGCUGAAUUGGGCCCUGCUGGAAGUUUAAUUGCAGAAAGCUUUGUGACCUUCUCGCGUGAAGUUUCGAUCAUUGCAGUACGUGGUCAAAAUGGCGAUGUGAAAACGUGGCCAUUGGCUGAAAACCAUCAUCAUCAUGGUAUUUUGUCGCACUCGAUUGUUCCUGCACCGAAUAGUGCGGACUUACAACCCGUUGCACAAGACUACAUCACUCGCCUAUUGAAUCAUUUGAAUUAUGUUGGCGUGUUGACCUUAGAACUGUUUGUCACAGACAAAGGUUUGUAUGCCAAUGAAAUGGCGCCACGUGUGCAUAAUUCAGGACACUGGUCGAUUGAAGGCGCAGUAUGCUCUCAGUUUGAAAACCAUAUUCGUGCAGUCGCAGGCUUACCCUUGGGUUCAACUGAAGUGGUUCGCCCUACGGUCAUGAUCAAUAUUAUUGGUCAGUAUCCACAGUCUGAACAAGUCUUGGCCUUAGAAGGUGUACAUCUACAUCUUUAUAAUAAGGAAGAACGUGAAGGUCGUAAGAUUGGUCACCUGACUUUAAUGCCGAAUGAUACCGCUCAACUCACGACGCUAUGUCGUCAGUUGGCGAAAAUUUUACCAAAUCCCUUGGCACUGAGCGAAGAUAUGACCAUCUAA